ACACAGACUGAGAGACAGAGAGCCAGAGAGAGAGAGAGAGAGAGAGAGAGAGAGAGAGAGAGAGAGAGAGAGAGUCAAUAACCAGCACCGGUGUCUAUCUCAGUACCAAAGACGCGCUCUGUGUUUCACCACUGGAUUAUAUACACGGAGAAGGGAAACUCUCAGACGGUUUACUCAAGGUGAGCAAUGAAGUUCCUACUGAUGACGUUGGCCCUAGGGCUCCUCCUGCUGGCGGAGGCUGGAAUGGCGAGGCGGGCUUCGCGGACGAGGAGAGACCUGAACAGCCCCCUGCACAGGGGCGGGAUUCGAGACCCGUUUGGGUCGUACUGCGAGCGGAGAGGGGGCUGUUGUCCGGGGCGGGAUGACCAGUGCACUGUCCCGUACCUGGACACCAUAUGCUACUGCGACCUGUUCUGCAACCGCACCAUCUCCGACUGCUGUCCCGACUUCUGGGGGCACUGUCUGGGUGUCCCACCUCCCCUCAUUGGGGCUUGUGAGAGGAAUGGACAUAGGUUCCACUCAGGAGCAACAUACAAAGAAAACUGCAAUUUAUGCACGUGUGGUGCAGCAGGACGUUGGGAAUGUGAGCAGCUUGCCUGCCUGAUAGAUAAUGACAUGAUCCAGGAGGUCAACAGGGGAAACUACGGCUGGCGGGCAGGGAACUACAGCCAGUUUUGGGGUAUGAGCCUGGAUGAGGGCCUGCGUUACCGUCUGGGGACCCAGCGGCCAUCUCGGACUGUGAUGAGCAUGAACGAAAUCCAGAUGAAUAUGGACAGUGCGGACCACCUGCCUCCUUACUUCAAUGCAGCUGAGAAGUGGCCUGGAAAGAUUCAUGAGCCCCUAGAUCAGGGAAAUUGUGCAGCAUCCUGGGCGUUCUCUACUGCAGCCGUUGCAUCAGACCGCAUUUCCAUCCAAUCCAUGGGUCACAUGACCCCUCAGCUGUCUCCCCAGAACCUUAUUUCCUGUGACACACGUAACCAAGGGGGCUGUGCUGGGGGACGGAUAGACGGGGCCUGGUGGUACCUGCGUCGCAGAGGGGUGGUGACAGAGGAGUGCUACCCCUUCUCCCCACCCCAGCAGACCCCGCCCGAGGUGGGUCGGUGCAUGAUGCAGAGCCGCUCCGUGGGUCGGGGGAAGAGGCAGGCCACAGCUCACUGCCCCAACACCCACAGCUACCACAACGAAAUCUACCAGUCCACCCCACCCUACAGGCUGUCUUCUAAUGAGAAGGAGAUCAUGAAGGAGAUCAUGGAUAACGGCCCUGUGCAAGCUAUCCUGGAAGUCCACGAGGAUUUCUUUGUCUAUCAGAGCGGCAUCUACCGGCACACGGACGCCAGCUUCCACAAGCCCCCGCAGUACCGCAAACACGGCACCCAUUCCGUCAGGAUCACGGGAUGGGGAGAGGAGAGAGACUAUAAUGGUCAAACACGGAAGUACUGGAUCGCCGCCAACUCCUGGGGAAAGAACUGGGGAGAAAAUGGUUACUUUCGCAUCGCCCGCGGGGAGAACGAGUGCGAGAUAGAGGCCUUCGUCAUCGGAGUGUGGGGCAGGGUGACCAUGGAGGACAUGCAGAGCCACCACAAUCAACACCACAAUCACCACCGCAAGCGCAAGUAGAGAUGCCACUUCAGCCUUCCCCACCAACCCUCCUCCUUCUCCAAGGGACCCAUGCACACCGCAAACCUCCGCUUUAAGAUGCCAGAACCUCCGCCAGGCACAUGGGCGCAUCACUAUUGCCCCCCUAACUGGCUUCCGAACUGCAAACACCUCAGGUCUCACUUCCAAAGCUCACACCUCAAAGGCUCCUUGGCUAUAGUUUGGUCUAGAUGGUCUAGUCUGUGUGUGUAUGUUUUCCCACUGUCUGUAUGAUGAUGGACAGCCAAGCUUGAUCUGAACUGGUUUCUUCUUCGGCUGAGAUAAGCGGAUCUCUCGCCCUCCUGCUUUUCAUUCCUUGUUUUGACUAGAAUUCUCAGAGACCAACUCCCAGCAGACAGGCUGGGGGCAGAAAACCCAGCAGGUGCCUUAUGUAGGGGGUGCCAGUGAGCCUCAUUCCUUUGGAACUGUUAGAGAGGAACUAACACUUGUUCUACUAUUCUGUUUUUUUUUACCACUUGAGGACCUAACACUCACUCAGUUCCUAUUGCUAAGUGACUCACUUCCUCUCCCCGUUUGUAGCAUUAGUGCACAAUCGAUGAUGUAAUGAAGCACAGCGCUCCACACAUUCAAACAGAAGGGCUGAACCAUAGGCUGUAAGAAGGUGGAGGGAGUGCGGGUGGGGUAGGUAUGGGUAUGGACUUCAGGCCAAUGGUAAACAAAAGAAAACCCUACUUUACUUUCAAAGAUUGUGGUAGCUAUAUGUCAGGCCUGCACAGCCUCCUUAGCAUGAUUCUGCUUAAUAGGUAGGGUUUGCAAAACUUUAAAGUAGUGCUGUUCUGACUUAUAUUGCCUUUUAUGUAUCUGAAAGUUACAUAUCAGAAGUGCAGAGAUUGACAGGGCAGCGCAACCUCAGUGUUGUGAAGUUAUAUCCCAUAUUUCCUUGGGCAGCCUCUACCAAAUAAUGAAAAACAAAAUGACCAAGUUUGUGCAUUUUGCCAUUUGAGAAGAUUCAAUUGCCCUUCAAUGCAUCCUAUUCAGUAGCCCCACUCUGGAAAUCCUCAGUAAUGUAAACACAGAACAGAAAGCAUCUGUUUCUGCAGAAUCACUGGGGCAGGUGGGAAUAUCCAAAGCCUUGAUCCUUGAGAACCUUGAUUCCCCUCACAUUAUUUGUGUGUGGGGGAAAAAAAACCCAAAACGUUUUGGAAAAUGCAAACAAAUCUUAUAUUUGUUAUCAUUUUUGGUUUCAGUUCUGUUGCUUUUCAUGAGCAGAUUUCCCCCCCUGUAAAUCAUACACAGAGGGGUACUGUGUAUGAAAUGCUUUUUGUUGUUUUUUUAAACAUACAUAAUUUACAUUGAGUUUUACAUUGAGAUAUUAAAGAAUUAUAUAUUAUAUAGAAAAUCAUCACCUUAACAAUCUGUUUAUAGAUUAAAUGACAGGUGUGUCAAACCACAACAUUCAGCCUUUCCAGUUAAAGGGCUGAGCAGUUUUGUAUUAUAGUCUUAAUCUAUUUUAUUCUAUGUUUUGUCUGUUGGUGUUGUUCUUGUUGCUGUUAUUGCUAUUAUUUGAUUAACUACUGUAAGAGGCUCGCAGUUUUGCUCGAUAAGAAACCGCAUCAGCCCCUCCCACCUUUCCUUCCUGCUCAACAGCUUUGAAGGUGCUUAUAUUUUGUGAACAGAAGAAAUCAAAGCGUCAGGGUUUGAGGGAGGGGGUGUGGGUGGGGCUGUUUCUGCCAAAGUCUGUUUGGUGUGGCCUCAUUGUAAAUUAAUUCAACCCAUUCUCCAAUGUAUUGCCCCUCAGUACACCAAAGUGCUACAAUUGAAAAGCAAUUGAAAUGUAUGUAAGCACCAAUGACUGACUGUUUCAAAACCAAAAAUAACUCAAGGAAUCAUUGUGAGAUUGGGUUGGCCAUUGAUUUACUUGGGGCUAGGGACCAAUGUGAUCCGGUGCACUUUGAGUUUCCACAUUCGAGUCACUGGAUGGGACUGAGGCUUGUGAAUGUCUUUAUGUAUUGAAUUUACUUUUUAUUUCAGAGAUGUGUUUUAAAAGACAAUUCCCCAUAUGAAUGAAUAUGUGCCCAUAACCCUGCUCAUGUUUUAGAUCAUGGCUUUUCACUGUUGUGCUGCUGGUAGAGGCUUCUUCCCCAAUAAUCCAUUCAGACAGUUUAAUUACACAGUUUAGCUUUGAGUGGCUUCACGUGCACCCCUUGGUGUAGCUUUUGGUGGCCUAUAAUACCUGCUCUCCUACCUAACAUGCACGCAAAGCUCGCUGAACCUUUCAGAGAUGCUGAAGUGACUCGAGAAUAGUAUGUCCUCUCCACGGUUCAUCGAAGGUGCGCUUCCACUCACCAGCGCCCACGAGCGAAGGGCAGCGUCAUGGCUUCCUGUCUCGCUGGCUUCCGUAAGCGGCACCAUCCAGGCGCUCAAACAAACGCGAAAUGCGCUGGGCCGAGUCGAGGCGGAGAGAGAGAACCGGAUCUCACGCCGCAUCCAAGCAGAUAUAACUUUGUUUUUCCCGUUCAAAUGAAGCGAAGAGAGACGAAGGCGAUCAAAGCCAAGAGGGCCUGGCAAGAGAUGCACUCUGGGUAAAUGAGGCGUGACCGGGGAGAGCGGAGGGGGAAAUGAGACACUGGGGUCUGACCGCCCCCCUCCGAGCAUAACCACAGCUGUUUGCUUUUUAGGGAUGGAGGGUGGUGAAAAAGUACAAACAAAACAAUUACACCUGCUUAGCCAUGAUGAAGUCAUCUUUUUGUGUGGUCACCCACAUCAGCAAUAAACACUUUCUGUCAUCAGUGGUCACAUGCCUCUCAUUUGAUAGAUUUUGUAAAAGUCACCUGCAAGAUCGCAAUAGAUCAUAUUGGCACAUAACAGGCAUAUUGCUGAUGUAUGUACUAUCUGUUACCAGCCUUUUUAAACAGUCAACUUCUUUGUAUUCUUAUGUAGCCAACAUUAUAAAUUAAUCACACAUUGACAAAUUCUAAAAGUAUUGAGUGCAUUUCAAAGGCUUCAGUAACAAGAAGGGCAUUUUUAUUUGAUUUACCUAUGAAUACACAACUCAAAGAAAGUAGUUAAUAGCAAGAAUAGUGGUUCCUGCUGGAAUCAAAAUGUUUUAUGUUCAGUAAGUUUCUGGGAACAAUUGUCGGUUGAGCUGCAUUUUCUAGGAAUUCCAUGUCAACAUUGAUAGUGAGCAUAUGGAGAUUACCCAUUUUUAUUUAUUUUUAUAUGUUUAAUGACCAUUAUAAGCUACGAUCAAUGUUAUUGAAGCUUAAAGCUGGUGCUCACUAGCACUAAACCAAUCCAAGUUAAUUCAGUGUAAGAAAACAAUAUUUAAAUUUGGUGAGCUUGGGUCCUAUCCAGAAAUGCCAUGAGCCCAUUAGAUUUAAUUCUGGAUAAGUUGUUGGGCCCAUUUUCUCAUCUAGUCAUCCAGACAGCUGUUUCCUUGUAUGGAUAAACUGGGAAUAGUUGACUUGGACCAAUGGAGUGUGUUUAACAACCUGGAUCCGAGUCAUGCAUGGAGAAUUGGGUUGAACUUGACAGAACCUUGGAAAAUGCGGCAUCCUGUGUGCUCCUGAAAAUUCGCAUUUAGCUGACUUGCAAUGCUGUGGGUUCAUUACUGCCAACCCUCGUUAGGUAGACCCAAUGUCAUUUACAUAGUACAGGAACAAUACAUCCUAGUCAUGGUCCUGGAAAAUUACUGGUUAUUUAACAAAUGCUUUUUUGAAUUAUGUAUGAUGGAACUGUUAAUUGAAAAGUUAUUUGUAUCAGUCCUGUGUAAAAUAAACAUGCCGGGAGUUAAAAUGUUGAUUAAAUGCUGUUCAAAUGAUACCUAGAGUCAAGGGUUUUAAUUUAACAUUUGUUAGUUACUGUAGUUCCACCAGUUAGCUCUCACAAAUGAAUGGUAAAGCCAGAAUGUUCAUUUAAUUGCUAGUAGGGUUCAUUUCAAUUGAACACCAAUUUGUGUGACACAUCUAAACAGAUAUAUGUUAUUAUAUAAAUUUACCCAUAUCAUUCCAUCAGCACUAACACCUACAGUACUCCACAACACCUUUCUUACAUUGAGGACUAACAGGAGAUACCUGACAGGUGUGAUGCAGAUGAACACAUCAAUAUGAAUGCAUGACUAAAGAUCCAGUAGAAAGAGUACCCCUACAAUCAAGAUUGAGUAACAUGUUGUUAGGGGACACAUUGAGCCUCACCAUGUCUGCUGGGGGUGGGCUGCAUUGCCCUGGCAAUGAAGAUACCAAUCACCCAUUGGUUGAUUUCUCACACUCAUUGGUGCAGCUGUCUUAUGACACAAGCGUAAAUGCACAGAAACACCUUCAAAGCUUUUGUUGGUGGGAUUCCACCAUUAAACCGACAUUUAGUUGUUAGCUUAAGACUUGGAAGAGCUGUAUAAAAUAGUCAUGUUCCCUCUUUUCAUGCCAUAUGUAUUGCCGUGUAUUAUAUUGUGUACAUUGAAUGCAAAACCACAGCAGUGUUCUUCCAUGUCUCACAAUAAAAAUAUGAUUUUAAACAA